AUGACUCUGACUCACGAUUACCUAGAACGAUUGCUGAAAGAUAUUCUAUAUGAGAAAAGAGAAAACGAAGAUAACCAUGGGAAAAGUCAUGGGAAAAAUAGCAAACAUCGUCUUAAGUUAGAGGAUAUAGAAAAGUCAGAGUUAAACUUGCACUCACUUGCCCAGGAUUACGCAGAACGACAACUCGAUUACUUACCUGACGGAGCACAUAAGCCCAAAAACCUGAAUAAAAAGGAGAAAGAGGAAGAAUUAGCACUGGACAGAGAUGUACACAAAAUGUCCACCAGAUUCCGAAUUCCAAACAAGUCUGCCAAAAGGACCUUCUAUCAUGAUAUAGGCUGGCGCUGGCCAAACCGAACAAUUUACUAUGUCAUUGAUUAUCCAUCCUUUGAUCCUUACAUCGCAAACGCGGAAGACAAAAUUAAAUCGUCCCUGGCUCUUUUCGAGGAGGCAGCUUGCAUUCAUUGGGUAGAAGUAACAGAGGCCAGCGCAUCCAACAACUAUAUCAAGUUCUAUGGAAACACUACUUCGUGUGCUUCGUAUGUGGGAUACAUUGGAAGAACAGAGCAAAAAAUUUGGCUGGGACCAGGAUGUUUAUGGACUUCAAUUGUUCUCCACGAAGUUCUUCACGCUUUGGGGGCUUGGCACGAACAGCAGAGGACUGACAGAGAGGAAAAUAUAUGUGUUCUUUUUGAAAACAUUAAACCCGGUGCUGAAGGCAACUUUGAGAGACAGCACAUACAUGAAUACGCACCCUACAAUCUUGGAUCCGUUCUUCAAUAUGGUUUAUCCAGUUUUGCAAAACAGCAAGGUCUCCAGACAAUGACUCUUCCGGACAAAGAUUUGGAAUAUCUCAUCACAAACAGUAAAGACGAUCUGUCCUUUUACGAUAAACUCAAUCUGAACAUGUAUUAUGAAUGCCCAGCAACAUGCUCAUUGACGACUUGUAGUAAUGGUGGAUUUGCCAAGAUGAACUAUCUUGGCGUCUGCUCAUGUGAAUGCCCAGAUGGUCUGAAGGGAUCAGACUGCUCUGAGCUAGACACGUCAAAUAAUUGUGGAGGAAUUAUUGACUUAGCAUCACCAGGAUCCAGUCAAUUUGUCGAAAUGACGUCAUACAAUACAAACCUUCUCUGCACUUGGCUGAUAAAAGCUCCACUGAAGACCAUGGUGAGGGCUACAAUUGAAUAUCUAGACUUACCAGACAGCACGAAUAACAACUGCUUGCACUUCCUCAUCUUUAAGGACUACCUGAUAGGCGAGCCUGGAAAACAGGCAUGUGGAAAUACUCCAGGCGCUGUGUACACCAAACACCUUCUUGGAGCUGAAAACAUGAUGAUGAUUCGAUUUGACAGCAUUUCCUAUCCGCAAAUUUCACCUGGCACGGGUUUUCGCAUCAAGGUAGAGGCUAUUCCUUCAGGUUGCUACAGCCACCCGUGUAAGUUUGGCGCCACCUGUCACGAGGGGACUUCAAUUGAUCAAUACACCUGCUCCUGUCCCGAGGGAUUCUCCGGACAGAAUUGUGAUUAUGUCACAGCCAAUGCAACAGUAAGGUCUACUUUUGAAAAAGACUACACAGGAAGUAUUUUUCAACAAGAUCCCACAUCGGAGUUUUGGUGGAGUAUUGUAUCGAAACAUAAUUUUGAUGGCACUAGUGUGUACCCUCACUCAGGGACACUGUUCGCCACCAUGAUUCCCUACCUCACCAUCUUCUACCUCCAUACAAGAACCAAACUCCGAACGGAGGCCACAUUUGAAGCAACGGAACGUUGCCUGAACAUUACUUAUAUAAUGGACAACAAGACCAAUCCCUCCUAUCCACAAUACUACACUAAGUUAAUAGUCACUGUCCUAGACGGAGAGAGCUUACUCAACGAAUACACCAUUUCUGGUGAUACGCAAACAACAUGGCGGAACACACUUGUGGAUCUACCAGCUGUUAAUGACCUAAAGGUAGAAAUAACUGGCGUCUAUGGGUGGAACACAUUUGGAAUGGAUGACUUGUUUAUAUUGCCAAGUUCCUGUGGCUGUGUUAACCAUCGGUGCCUUAAUGGACAGUGUAUCCCCAAUGGUGAGGUCUACACAUGCCAAUGUAACGCUGGGUAUUCUGGGAAUUACUGUGAAAUCCCCGAUGCUGUGGACGGUGGCUAUACAGACUGGUCUGCCUGGAGCACCUGCACGGCUUCCUGUGGUGAAGGUACCCAGACACGUACACGCACGUGCACAAACCCGCCCCCACAAAACGGAGGAGCUGACUGCGUUGGCGAAAGCACUCAGACACAGACUUGUAAUAUUCAAGGGUGUCCUAUUGAUGGUGGGUACACGAACUGGUCUGCCUGGAGCACAUGUACAGUCUCGUGUGGAGGCGGUACCCAAACCCGUACACGAACAUGCACAAAUCCGGCUCCACAAAACGGAGGUGCUGAUUGUGUAGGAAGUAGUAGUGAGUCUCAGAGCUGUAACAACAUUUUGUGUCCAAUUGACGGAGGCUACACCGAGUGGUCUGUAUGGAGCACAUGCACGGUCUCAUGUGGCAGUGGUACUCGAACACGUACACGCACGUGUACAAACCCGACUCCAGCAAACGGGGGAGCUGAAUGUGUAGGAGACAGCAGUCAGACAGAGAAUUGUAAUACUCAGGAAUGUCCAAUAGAUGGAGGUUACACUGAAUGGUCUGAUUGGAGUACCUGCACGGUCUCCUGUGGCGGAGGAACUCAAACACGUACUCGCACAUGCACUAACCCAACACCAACAAAUGGGGGAGCUGAAUGUGAAGGAGAGAGUGGUCAGAUACAGAAUUGUAACACGUAUGGAUGUCCAAUUACUUCUUCCAAGUGUGAUUUUGAGGAAGAAAUUGAAAAUAACUGUUUCCUGGAGGAGGGAAUUAAUGAUGAUUUUGAUUGGACAAGACAUUCUGGAGGAACCGACACUCGUCGCACAGGACCGGGUAGAGCGUAUACAGGUUACUUCUACAAAUAUAUAGAAGCUAACGACAAAGAACCAUAUAGCACAGCAGAAUUAGUCAGCAACGGAGUUUUUGCUGAUGCCACCUACUGCUUUGAGUUUUAUAACCACAUGAAAGGAAAUCACAUGGGUUCCCUGGAGGUGAUAACAGUUGAAGGUGGCAACGAAAACACCGUGGUCCGCCUUGAUACAUCCAGGAAAGGUUGGAUGAGAUAUUACACUACCCUGCAGCUCAACGGUCAGACACAGCUUAUUCUUCGAGGAACAAGAGGGUUUGGAAAUAAAGGAGACAUUGCUGUGGACAACAUCUCUAUUUCUAUUUGUUAAUUUUGUUAUUUCCUAAGGACAACAUCUCUAUUUGUCAAUUUUGUCAUUUUCUAAGGACAACAUCUCUAUUUCUAUUUGGUAAUUAUGCCAUUUUCCAAAAACACUUUUUCGAUGUUCAUUUUGCAUAAUGGAUCGUUAUAGAUCCCUUAAAAUAAGAACAUAGUCAUCAUUUGCCACUUGUAAAGAAAUGAGUGUUAAAUGUACAAAGCUUUUCUUAACUUAUGCAAGCAGUUUAUUAAUCUUGCUUUUCAAUGACUUAUGUAAUAGUCUUUGGUUUACUGGGUAAAUGCACAUUCAAAUCAUGCUUUAAUGUAUUUUAGUCUUCAUCCUAGAAGUAAAUUUUGGAAUUAAAAUGCAAUUCUCAACCAUCACUUCACAUUUGACAGAAUUAAAAUUGUUUUAUGUCAAAUUUAUGGUUUAUGUAAAAUGAUAUUUUGAUGUCUGAUUGCAAUCUGUUAUAUGCUAGCAGUGUUCUUCUCUGCUGUUGUCAUACAAUUAACAGGUGUACUGCUCAUCAACGUACAGUUCUAUGUCAUAAUUAUAUCUGUCUAUUCUACAUGUACUUUGUAUUUCUAUUGUACACAAAUUAUCCACUGUGUUUGCAAUGCAAACACUGACGUAUGUAAGUGAAAAAGAAAACGAAAUCUGAUCAACCUAAUCAUGGACCAAUGGUUUUCAAAAGUACAAGUCUAAAUUAUUGAACUCUUUUAUAGACUGUUCAAGAUAAUUUAAAAGUAUAAGGCAUGUUUUA